GCGAUCGUCGCCGGGUGAUCUGAGACUGCGCAGACCGAUCCUUCCUCAAGCAGUCAUGUCGGAAUUCGGGCCUUCGGGCCUGCUGGCGGUUCUGUUGCUCUUCACCGCACUCACGCUGCGGGAUGUUUACGUCGGGAGGUCCAAGCAGCAGCCGGCCGACGGUCCAAGCCCCUUACCGGACACGGGACCCGGAGAACACGCCAGGGCCUCCGCGUACACCGGGCCCGUGCUGAGGUUCCGGUACUGCAUCUCCUGAGGCUACAGCAAAGUCUUCCAGGAGUACUCCCAGGCCAUCAGCCAGGUGUACCCGGGUGUCCGUAUCCAGGGAGACAACUACCCCCCCACCCCCAUCAACAGGGUUCUUGGAAACCUGGUUUCCUACCUGAAGCUGCUCUCCAUCCUCCUCAUCGUCACUGGUCUAAACCCGUUUGGUCACAUUGGACUGGACACCCCCAGCGUCUGGACCUGGAGUCAGGACAACAAGAUCUUCUCCUGCCUGAUGGUCUUCUUCCUCUGUAACAUGAUGGAGACCCACUUCCUGUCCACUGGAGCCUUUGAGGUGUCUCUGAACGACAUUCCCGUGUGGUCCAAGCUGCAGUCCGGCUAUGUGCCCAACAUCCAGGAGAUGUUCCAGAUCCUGGACACCCACCUGAAGAUGAACCAGGCCGAGCACACCGGCUUCUCCACCACUUAGAGCUACACCCACAGCCGUGCGGCAUUCAGGUGUCCUGGUUCAGGAGGACAUUCGGUCUGUGGCGUUCAUGAAGGUCUGGCCCUAAAGCAGACACUGAGGGGUCUCUCCUGAUGUUCUCCUCGCCACAAAGACUCUUCUUCUGCACCAGCUCACCGCGCGCUGCAGUACCCACAAUGCACUGGUCGGGCCCACUGCUUCUCAGUGUAGACUUUCAUGUUUGGGUGGGGGAGGGGCACAAACAGGAUAUGAUGCUGCUGCACUUCCUGUCUCCUGAUCCUCUGAGCUGAUGUUUUUUCUGAAGCUGUCCUUCAGUAUGACAUCACUUCUCAUCACACGCACCAAUAACAUCUGGAAUUCCUCCUUUUUCCACACGGACCCGGAAAGCUGGACUUCUCUCCUCUGUGGUCCUCAGAGUGAGAAAGUUCCUGACUUCUCCUUCAGCUCAUUGAAACCAGCAGUGGUGCGUUCAAAGUCUGCUGCUUUCACCCCUCGGUCAGGAUCCCGGGGAACGCCUGGCUCCUGCAGCUGACUUCAGCCUUCACAGGCUGAUGGUCAGACCCAGGUCCUCACGUCUGAGUCUGAGCGCACAGAACCCUUUCUGGAUCAGGACUGUGGCCCGGCAGCAUCCAUUCUGCAUGUUAGUUGAGAUGUUUUUAGCUCUGAGAGUCUGAGCAGAACGAGCAUGAAGACGGUGAGAAGCAGCCGGUGGAUAAGUUCCAUCUGCUGUCGGUGUGAGCAGAGACUGAGGACCACUGUGACAUGCAGACUCCUCUGACAGGAAGCCACUACAGACAGAGCUGCACCCCACCUCAGCCGUCUGAAGAUGGAGCUUAUGUCCUGGUUUUUACCGUAAUGUUUAAGGUCAAACAGAAAUCUGGUGUGAUGUGUCACAGACACUGAUCACCCUAGGAAUCGGUCGAGUUGUUGCUCAUGAAUUGAUGUGUGUGAAGUGUUGUUGAUUCAUGAAUAAAGUCUUAACUGGAAA